CUGGAUGAAAGCAGGGUAGAGAAACAUUUACUGAGCCUUCUACCAAUCAGUCCUCAGCAUAAGAUUGAUUUGAAACAAAAAGCACUUCAUAUUUGAAAUUCAUUCAGUAUAAAAUAUAAAGAGACCAACAUAUAUAUAUAUUUUUUUUUCUUCAAAAACCGUCUGGGAACUGUUAAAGGAAAUGGCAGCAGAAGCAACCAACAUAGCCAACGCAACUGUGCCGGAAGGGAACACAGUUACAGAAUUCCACUCACAAGUGGUUGAAAUCAUAGGUGGAAUGGGGGAUGCAAUCAAGGUUGUUCAACCUGAAAAUGCAGAAGUGGACAUCAAUACAACCCUUUCUGAUGCUGCUACAACUGAUGCAAAUGUUAUUUCACCCAUUUCUGAUGCUGAAAUUAGUGAACCUGCAAUGCUUUCUGAUGUUAAUUCACCAGAGUCUGAUUCUGAUAAAAGUACGUCUGCAUCUGAUGCCAAUCAUACUGAACCCAAGUCUAAUGCUGAAAUAACUGAACAUAUAUAUGAUGAACCUAAAUCUGAUGCGAGUCCACCAGACGCUGAAGUUACAGAACAUGCCACUGAUGUUGAAACAAAUCAAUCUUAUGCUCAGGGAAAUAAACCUGAAGCUGAAGUUACUGAGCCUGUUUCUAAUGCUGACCUAUUUCCAUCCAAACCUAAACUGACAGAUAGUUCUGAUACUGAUGUUGCUGCAUCUGCACUGGAUCCUGAGGCUAUUGCACCUGUUUGCAAAGCUGAUGUAAAUUCCCUGGUUUUGGAUGCUGAAAUAAUUACACUAGCUUCUGAUGCUGGAAUUCUUGCACCUGUUUCUGUUGAUGAUGAACAAGAGCAGAACACUGAAACUGAAACUGCUCCUUCUGAAUCUCAACCACAGAUAGUGGUUGAGGAAAAUAGAAAAGAAGCUCCCGUCUCAAAGCAAGAGAAAACAGCUGCAGUAUUGGAGGACACUUCUAUUCCUGAGCCCCUGCCUUCAGAAACACACGAGAAGAAGCAGGAGGAAGAGCAUGUGGAGGAAGCCAUCCCUGAGCCAGUGAAAGAAGUGAGCCAGGUUAACGAGGAUGAGGAGGCAAUGGCUGCAGAGAAACCUCCAGAGGCCGACGGCGCUGGCUGGGAGGAGGCCAUGGGAGAACAAACGGAGGACUUCUGUCAAGAGGAAUUUUUGGAGGGGAGUCAAGAUAACAAUGACGAGGUGGUCUCUUGGGAUGGAACAAAGCAUGAAAAUGGCUCUCAGGAUUCUCAGUCUACUAGUCCGAUCCCUGGUUCCAAGUCUUGUGGAGAAAUAUCAGGGGCAGGGAAGAAGCCAUGCAUCAACAAACACAGCUCUUCGAAGUACAAUACCGUGUCCUAUCGCAAAAUCAGAAGAGGAAACACCAAGCAAAGAAUUGAUGAGUUCAAGUCAAUGAUGCAUGCAUGAACUAACACAUACUUUGAUAUCUUAUUACUAGCUGUUGUUAGCUGGGAUAUGCAAACUUGACAAAGCAUGCUACUACUCAUGCUGUAUGUUAUAAUGUUGAGUUUACAUGUAGAAGCUAAUAUAUUGUAUUUUAUUUACACAAUUACUCAUCUUUUUGAUUGAAUCCUUCAAAUACAUGUGCCAAAAUAAUAAUAAUAAAAAAAACAGUUGGUCCUAUUCACAAAGUUUUUAAGAUACCUUUGUUCAAUCUGCAUCUUUUUUUAUUAUGAAUACAACAUAUUAUAGUUCGAUAUUCAUGAACCUGUUCUUGAAUGUUGUAAAGCACAAGUGAUAAAUCAUGUUAACAUUUGUGAAUGGGACCCAUUGUAACAAAAACCCUACGAGAUUUUGCUGUGAUAACCGGGAAUAUGAACUGGUAAGGGAGGCAUCACUUGUCUUGCAGCAGUACAGUAGUUCUAUUUGUUUAGCAAAGGGAGGUGAAAAUAAACAUUUAUGCAACAUUGAUUCUAUAAAGUUUUCUAUUUGUAUUAAUUGGCAACAGUAAAACUGGUAUAUCACCUGUGCCUCACUGAGUAACAUCCCUGAUAUAACAAAGGGGCAGCUGAGUAGAUCAAUAGCCUUCAUAUCCUUUUAUCUUAGUAAAAUUAAUAAUGUAAUAGAAUUUAGUAACCAGACGCUUUUGAAGUUUGAUUUGUAUUGAACUGCAAGAAUAGUAUUCUCUUAUGUAUACCAACACAUGCUGUGGCUUAUCUAGCUAACAUAGAAUGCUAGAUUUUGCUACUGGCACUGAACAAAUCAUGGACGAAACAGAGAUGUAUUUUAAUAAGAAGAUGAUUAAUUAUAGACAUGUUGGAGUUUGAACUUCUAACAAAAUUUGGUAGACAUCAUCUUAGCCUAGCCUUGUAUCCUGCUUUUGUAUAUAAAUAUCACCAGCUUAAUUAUAGAACAUGAAUAUGAACAAAAGAGCAAACACAAAUGAAUAACACAAAGCAGUAAUAAAGGCAUCAAUUUAUUAUCUUAUGAACACUACAAACAUAUGGUAAAAUACACUCAACGCAGGAGACACACAGAAUCUUGUUCUGUCACUGACCUGAUUUACGUCAUCUGACGAUGGUCAUUAUGCACGAUAUAUUUAAGAAUAUAUUUAAGUCAAUAGUGACCUCUGGUGGUAAAAGGAAGAUAUACAUAAAUACAGAUAUAAAUCAAGUCCAAAGGGCAUCGUCAGCCUGAAAAAAAAAAAAAAAAAAAAAAAGAUUCAUAGAACCUAAUUUCCCUGAACAAUGAAUAAUGUAAAACCAUAACAAAUGAGUACACCUCUGCAAAAUCAAUAAGCUUAACACAUAACACCAUACUGUUAAAAAUAUCAAAAACAUUUACACUGUAACACUGUAUACGAUGUAAGGAAAAAAAAACACAGCAUU